ACAAGAGGCCCGGAUGGACCGCGACGUUGCUCCUGCUCCUCCAGACACGCAGCUACGCGGACUCCCAGCCUCCUCACCCCGCAGCCACAUGUUGGGGCGCACCACCCGGCCCUCACGGCUCCCUGGAGGGGCGUCCCCCCUCAUCCCUGUGCUCAGGAAGACCAUCCAUCUAGAUGCCUUCCCCCAAAGCCAUGUUCCACAGAUGUCGAGACGACCAGGCCUCGGAGCCAGGGCCCAAAGUCUGCUCUCCCAAGAGGCUGGUGUUGCCCCAGGGCCUGCCCUGAGCCCCUUGCCUGCCAAUAGCCUCGCACCCAGGAAGCUCAGCUCCAUCUCCUUAACCCUCCGUCAGAACAACCAGGUGCGACCCCGGGACCCCCGCUUUACCCACUGGGAAGAGUUGCCUACGCCGGGCCGGGAGGCUGCUGCCCAUGGAGGAAGAAGGCUGCCCUCUCCAGGCUCACCCAUGACCCUGGUGCCAGGGGGCAGGGUCCACUCCGAAGGCCCAGGGAACCCAGGUCUGACCAAGCCCAGCAGGGUGCCCACAGUGGAGAAGCCCCUGGUGAGUUCAUACCUGGCCUUACCUUUCCAAUCCGGGUUAGUCCGGAAAUCCCCAAACCUCGCAGGGCCAGGCCCGGCGGGUCACAGGCUCCCUGUCCCAGUGACUGCCCACACGCCUAUCAGAGCAUCUCCAGGAAGGAGCAAGUCCCGGCCCAGGGGCAUCCCCAGAUCCUGGAUGUGCACCCAUAGGACCCCUGUUAUACAUUUGGCUGCUGUGGACGCAAGGCCGGGGAUAGCCAGACCUUUGGCCACUAUGGCCACCGACAGACCUAGUGUGGCUACCUGUCCAGCCGCACCAAACACAUCCGGAUCGGACACGAGCCCAGAGUUUCCCGCUCCGGAUUCCAAACUGGGUACAGUCAAGGACCCGUCUACAGACACGACCAAGCCAGGCCCGGCCAUGAACUUGACCACCGUAAGGACAACCAAUCCGGACACGGUCAUGGACUUUAUAACCCCAGACCCAGACGAGCCUGGCAAAACCAUGGCUGCAGAAAGCACAGCCAAACCGAGUGUGACCACGGGGGGCACAGGCACGAGUGCGGCAACACCAGGCCCGGGACAGAAGGGCACAGCCAAACCGAGUGUGACCACGGGGGGCACAGGCACGUGUGCGGCAACACCAGGCCCGGGACAGAAGGGCACAGCCAAACCGAGUGUGACCACGGAGGGCACAGGCACGUGUGCGGCAACACCAGGCCCAGGACAGAAGGGCACAGCCAAGUUGGCCAUGGCUUUGGCCGGAGCGACUGUAGCCACACUGGACACUACUCUGGGUUCUCCUGCUGUGGACAUCAGCAGGCUGGGUGCAGCCACGGGCUCGACUGUGCCAGUCACCCCAGACCCAGCCACUGCAGAGGUCACGCUGGGCUGUGACAAUUGGUCCACACCAGAUUUUGCUACGUACCCACCGGUGCCAAGCAGAGGAGCAAACCCCGCCCUGGGCCACGUAACAGAUGCUGCCGUCCUGGAGCUGGCCAGAGAAUCUAAAGGGCUCCCAGAGACCAGGACGGACACAGCCAUGUCGGAGCUGGUGCCGGAGCCCAGGCCUAAGCCGGCCGUGCCCAUGAAGCCCGUCAGCAUCAACUCCAACCUCCUGGGCUACAUCGGCAUUGACACCAUCAUCGAGCAGAUGCGCAGGAAGACCAUGAAGACCGGCUUCGACUUCAACAUCAUGGUGGUCGGCCAGAGUGGACUGGGCAAGUCAACGCUGGUCAACACACUCUUCAAAUCCCAAGUGAGCCGCAAGGCCUCCAGCUGGAACCGGGAGGAGAAGAUCCCCAAGACAGUGGAGAUCAAGGCUAUCGGGCAUGUGAUAGAGGAAGGCGGUGUCAAAAUGAAGCUGACUGUCAUUGACACCCCAGGCUUUGGAGACCAGAUCAACAAUGAGAACUGCUGGGAGCCCAUUGAGAAGUACAUCAAUGAACAGUAUGAGAAGUUCCUGAAGGAGGAGGUGAACAUCGCCAGGAAGAAACGCAUUCCUGACACGCGUGUCCACUGCUGCCUCUACUUCAUCUCCCCCACGGGACACUCCUUGCGACCUCUGGAUCUCGAGUUCAUGAAGCACCUCAGCAAAGUCGUGAACAUCAUCCCUGUCAUUGCCAAGGCUGACACCAUGACCCUGGAGGAGAAGUCCGAAUUCAAGCAAAGGGUUCGUAAGGAGCUUGAAGUGAAUGGCAUCGAAUUCUACCCCCAGAAGGAAUUCGAUGAGGACCUGGAGGACAAGACGGAGAAUGACAAAAUCAGGCAGGAGAGCAUGCCUUUUGCUGUGGUGGGAAGUGACAAGGAGUACCAAGUGAAUGGCAAGAGGGUCCUCGGCAGAAAAACUCCCUGGGGAAUCAUCGAAGUGGAAAAUCUCAACCACUGUGAGUUUGCCCUGCUUCGAGACUUUGUCAUCAGGACCCACCUCCAGGACCUCAAGGAAGUGACCCACAACAUCCACUAUGAGACUUACAGGGCCAAGCGGCUCAAUGACAAUGGAGGCCUCCCUCCGGUGAGCGUGGACACAGAGGAAAGCCACGACAGUAACCCAUGACGGCCCCUUCUCUGUGUCAUCACACAUACCUACUUCUCCACACACGCGCAUCCCAAAUACCACCACCAACCACCUUCUUCCUUUCAACUCUGUCCACAGGCCUGUCUGGUACUCAUGGAGCACCUUGUCUACAUUGUGUGUGUGGGGUGUGUGUGUGGGGUGUGAGUGUGUGUGUGAGAGAGAGAGAAAGCAUUUGUGUGUGUGUGUACACGUGCACGCGUGUGUGUGGUCAGGGGUGAGGUAUUUUCAUUGCCCUCCCUGGAACUUCCCUUGUAAGUUUGCUUCCUCUGUGACUGUACAUUACCCGUCUUCUUUCCUGUGUCCCAGAUCAAAGCCGACUGCCUCACUCAAGAGGUCUGGGGGAGGUUUCAUUUACACACGAUGGGGGCAGGUGAGCCCCCGGCAGCUUUCUUACCUCUGUACAUACCCCCAAACCGGGGCUGCAGACAUUCUUCUAGGACGAGUGGCCAAGCUGGGCCUGGGUGAGGGUUGGGGACCGGACAACUCUCCCUGGAAGUCUGGAGUAAGUUUAGGACUUCCUGGGAGAGCAGAGAAGUGUGCCGGAGCUGGGUUCCUGCAGGGACAAUUAGCACCUGGAAGUGGAGCUCCACCCUUCCGUCCACGUCACAGUCGCUGUCCCAACGCUGCCACUUCUCACUGUCCUGGGCUGUCGCUUUCCACCCUCACCUGUGUCCACUCGCACCCAGCUGUCUGCGUCUGCUUCCUCUUCCUCUUGCCCUUCUCUCCUUUCUUCCUCCGUUCCCUCUUCCCUGCCUCUCUACUCUGAGGUCUCUCACUUCCUUUCUGAGCAAUCCACUUCAUCUUCAUUUCUAUAGCUAGACCAUAUGCCCAGACCACUUCCAAACGUGACCUCGGGCCACCUUCAAAUCACAACCGAAAGCAUGGGACAGUUCAGAGCAAGACGACCAGAGGCAGGGAAAUAGGGAAGGACAUUUCUGCAGGGGAGUGCUGACACUGGCCCUGAGUGGUGGGCGCCAAGGUGAGAGCAGACAGCGUGCACUCCCGGGCCUGGUUAGAGAAGCACGUCUGCUGGGCGAGCUGGACAGCCUUGGGGUGGGGACAUUAAGCUCUAGAAGAACUGACUCUGACGAAGUACCAGAAGCAAUAGUAUGUGUCUCUCCUAGUGGGUUGGCUUUGGUGGCACGUUUCAGAGAGCAUUCCCCGUGCUCCCGUCAGAUUGAUCUCUCUCUGGCUUUUCUGUUGCUCCGUUUGUCUCAUGCCUAUUUGGCCCUGUUUUCUUCUUUUCAGUUCCCCGUCACUUCUGUGCUAAGCUAAUAACAUUUCUGUCUCUGCUUCUUCCCAACUGUCCCUUCUCUCAACUCCUGGAGACACUCCGGUGACUCCCGCCGCCAUACAUUGAGCCUUUCCUUGCCUUCUCCUUAAGCCCUGUAUUUAUAAUGCACAUAUUUCCUCAUUUGUCAUACAUGCAAGUUGUUCUCUUCCCUUUAAUCUGUUAGGUUGCCGAAACUCGGGGCUGGAAAAACAGUUUAGCCUUAGGAGAGUGAAAACACCAAGUGCUACUGUUUACAAUAACCUCACACAACCUCUUGUCCCAUCUCUUGGCCCAGUGUAGGUGUCUAGCUGGUCCUCUAUCAAUCCCAGCAUUUAUAACCCCACUGUUUUAUCACUCAGGUGCUAGGAAAAACAUAGCCUUGAGACCCGAGAUUCAGUGGACCACGUGAAAGAGGUUGGGUGAUCAGAUCGCCAACGACCCAACGCCUACGAUCUUGGUCUUUCUGGGAGGCUUAUUUACUAAUCCAGCCCUCAUCCUCCCUCACCCAGAAAGUUACUCCAGGGUAGGCACCUGUCAGGAUAGAAUGGCGGCAGUUACAGUCCAGAGGUUAUCACGUUUU